AGUGUCAACUGUCAGAUCGUCUACAAAAUACAGCGACUGUGAAUUACGAAAAACAUUAAAUUCGAUUUGAUUACAAUAAUUACAUGCGAGGAAUGCGCUAAAUUGGUAACAGUGAAGCAAAAGGAGACAAUAAUUUACAGAACUCUUUGAGUAACAUACCAUUUGUUCAACACAAUGGCCUUAAACAUUUGUGGAAGGUUGGGUGGCAGUUCCCUCCUUGGAAACUUGGAAAAGCUGCGAAGUGGUAUUACUAAGGUGCAAUAUACUACCGCCAUGCCUAAAAUAGUUCUUAAGAAGUAUGAGGAGCCAGCACCGGAGCACCAUGAUGACAGGAAUAUCCGUUUAGCGCGGCCCUUGUCUCCUCAUCUCACUAUUUACAAAUUCCAGCUACCAGCAGUUUUGUCUAUCACGCAUAGAGCCUCAGGUAUGAUGCUGUCUGGAUACGCUACUGUUUUGGGUAUCGGUGCUUUGACUUUGCCAUAUGACAUGUCUCACUAUAUCUCGGUUAUUGAGAGCAUGAAUCUUUCUCCGGCGACACUUUUCCUAGCUAAGUUUAUUAUUGCUGCACCUUUCGGUUACCAUUUUGCUAAUGGAAUCAGGCAUCUGUACUGGGAUACAGCUAAGGGUUUGACGAUGAAAGAGGUGUAUGUAACCGGAUAUUCUAUGUUGGCCAUCACCCUAGCCUCAACCUUCCUCCUGGCGUGCCUCUGAGUAUUAAAACACUGACAUUGUUAUUUAUUUCUUAGCGUUUAUUAUUAAAUGUAAAAAAUCGAGACAAUUUUUGUUGUAAACAAAUGCAAUAGUUCAAAUGUAAUAAAUUAUACAAAUGCAA